UACAAGCGCGCCCCCGACACUGAGGAGAAGAGAGGACAGAAGGCGGCAGAAAGGCCAAAUUAAACCCAAUUAGCAGAUUAUUCCGGCAGCAGUUCCACCAAAUCCAGCCGAGAUGUCAGACGAAAAGCCAAAGGAGGGAGUAAAAACCGAGAACGAUCACAUCAACCUCAAGGUUGCAGGGCAGGAUGGGUCAGUGGUCCAAUUCAAAAUCAAAAGGCACACACCUCUCAGCAAACUAAUGAAGGCCUACUGCGAACGACAGGGUCUCUCAAUAAGGCAGAUCAGGUUCCGGUUCGAUGGCCAGCCUAUUAAUGAGACGGACACGCCUGCACAGCUGGAGAUGGAAGAUGAAGACACCAUAGAUGUUUUCCAGCAGCAGACAGGCGGGCACUGCUAAGCCCUACCCUCUCCAUUGAUGGCCACCCUCAGACCACACCCUCAGCUACCUUCCCUCCCUUCCCGAUUGCUCCUUUCAGACUAUUAUUAUUAUUAUAAUUAUUAUUAUUUCUUCAUCUUAAAAAUGUUCUUGUCAUGGUUAUUCAUUGAGUGUGUGUGAGACCUCCUCGGCUGUUUCUGUGCGGUCUUGACCAGGGUUGAACUUUAGCGUGUCUCAACACCAACCUGGGAAAGGUUUGUUUUCUUUUUCCCCCCUUUUUCUUUUUUUCUCACACACUGCAGGCUGUGAUCGGACCAACAGCUCAGUGCGGCAGUUACUGCGUUGUCACUGCUUUUCAUACACUCUUCAAUGCAAGAUUAGAGAACCAGUAGUCUUGUCUUUGGUGUUCAUCAGGGGUGAAUGUGAGGCUGUGCAGGUUUUGGUCCAGGGGCCGUGGCGAGUGCAUGAGAAGGUUCUCUAGUGGAAGCUCUGUCAGAACUCAUUACACGCCUGCUUUCCGUUUCACUUGGCUUUACGUGUGAUUUUUUUUUUUUUUUUUUUUUUUUUUGUCUGAAUGGUGACUCCUGCUUCUUCUGUCAAUACUGUAUUUUAUCUCUUUGCAUUUUAUGUGCUACUCCAAUGUUUUUGUAUUUUUUGCCUCUCAUUUUCAGAAGUAUCACCCCUUAGGGACAGUUUUUUUUUUCUUUCUUUUUUUUUUUCCUCCUCCCCACCUGUACAGAAGUUUCAGAAUGGGUGUUAGAUAAAAUGUUGUGGGGCUUGGACCAAUACUCCAAAGACCGAACCUUGGCUUCAUAGUUGAUGUACUUCUCUCUAAAACCCAAACCUUGAGGUCAGAACUGCCACGUCUGAAGGCACUCGUAUUGCAUCAGUGUCACUUGCUUCCUUUUCGAAUGCUACUAAUUGAGAGGGACGAUGGACGUCUGCAGUUCAGACAGCAGCCUGCUAAUGCAGAAGAAUGCCCGUUUGGGGAGGAAGAUUCAUUUAUACCGAGCUGGUUGGAUCUGACCGAGAGGAUAGUUUCUUAAUGCGGAACACGGAUUUUGUUGAUUUGCCUUUUUUGUUAUGAAGAUGAAGUGGGCCAGUGACCAGUCCCCCGAUCGCACGCUCCCAAGAGGUGGCGCUUGUGCUGUUGGACGGGCGGAGGCUGGGAGCAGGUUAGCGGCAGCUCUGUUGGUGUUUGUUGCUGUGGUCAGCUGAAAUUUUGCAACCAGACUGUUGAGGUGAAGAUGCCUCCAGUGGUUGAUGAGUGUCUUCAAAAUGUCACUGUCUGGAGAGUUGCAUAUCGAGAGGGCGGCCCCGGGGAGUUUGGGAGAUAAGUGUUCUGCACCCACAGGGCCCCGUUCUUCAUACAUUCAGCCCAAAGUUGGUUUUAAGGCUCGGUGUGAGGUUUGGGUGUUUAAAUUUCACUGUAUUACGUUCUGUUGAAAUGACUGUUUUUAAAUUAUUGUUCUUGGCUUCUUAAAGGCUGCAUCUUUCUUUAAUAACAUCUAUUUAACUCAAGGUUUUGAAAUAAUCAAAAAAUGAAAUAUAAAGUCGUUGUUCAGCUUAUUUAAAUAGAAUCAGUAAGACAUUCCCUCGGCUGUAAAGAAAAAUGCUAGCCUUCUUUUAAGCGAUUUUUGUACAAUAAACGUGUUUUCCAGCUGUUGCUACUCUCUCAUAGAACGAACACGUGCUUGCCACAUCCCAUCUAUUUAUACUGUUAUUUACUUUCACUAAAGAAAGGAAACGUAAUCUUUAGACCCUCUCCGACUUCCUCUGUCAUCAAACACUUGUUCGAACCUUGCGAUGCGGCGACGUGUCCGAUCUCGGCGUUGACGUGCCUCCAUUCAUCCUGGGUCACAGGUAAACAUCUCUGACUUCCCCACAGGAAAUAAGAGCACAGUACACUCCCAUGAAUCAGCCCUCCAUUUGCAUUUUUAGUGCCAGUCAGCUGGACAAACAUCUCUGGAGCUGACUUUUUAAUUGAACUAAGCUAAUGUAUGGAGAACGGGGCCCCGGUCUUGUCAUAUUGUUUGUUUUCUCUACUGAUUUGUACAUUAUUUGUGGUCUUUUACUACUGUAUACAAUAAAUAUAGUUUGGUACUCAGA